AUGAACAGCCCGGUCCCGGUCCUGCUCGCCUUCCUGGCGCUGUCAGCCUGCCAGGGCCACACGGCCGCCCGGCCGCAGACCUCCAGCUUCCUGAAGGAGAGCAUCAGGCUGCUGAGCAACCUCGGGGAGACGACGGUUUCCUGUGACAAGAUGAACGUGACCAAUAUUUUUGCAGGCGAGAAGAGAGACGACGACAUGGAGACCUUAUGCAAAGCCACCGCCGUCCUUCAGGAGAGCCAGAGCUGCCACGGGAACCUGGAGGGCGUUUACCUCAACUUGCUCAAGCUGGUCCAAAGGCACAGCGUGGUCCACCAGCCGCCCUGUGCCCUGGCAGCGGGCAACACUACCUCCCUGAGCGAAUUCCUCGAGGACUUACGCAGAGUCCUCCAGCGAUUAGUAAAAGACUGGAAUCUGAAGUGA